CUUCAUUCAACCUUUUGACGUCUCGCUCUGGCUCAAAAUACUGCUCCCAGUCGUUCGGUUCGUUUAAAUCGUGUGUGCACGCCUUCCAGUAAAGGUCGCUAGAAGUCGCAUUUGUGCUCUCGUAUUUGGUGAAGUAAUAUUCAAACCGCAAUCCUAUCAACAUGACUACCUAUUUCAACUACCCACCAAAGGACGUCCAGGAUGAGCUGGUCCGCAUUGCCAAGGCCAUCGUCGCCCCCGGCAAGGGUAUCCUGGCUGCCGAUGAGUCGACCGCCACCUGUGGCAAGCGUUUCGCUGACAUUGGUGUCGAGAACAACGAGGACAACCGUCGCCAGUACCGUCAGCUGCUGUUCACCGCCGACGACCGUCUGCAGGAGAGCAUCUCCGGUGUUAUCCUGUUCCACGAGACCCUGUACCAGAAGGCCGAUGAUGGCACUCCGCUGACCCAGAUGCUCAAGAAGAAGGGCAUCCUGUCCGGAAUCAAGGUUGACAAGGGUAUCGUCGAUCUGAUGGGAUCCGAGGGCGAGUGCACCACCCAGGGCUUGGACGACCUCGGUGCCCGUUGCGCUCAGUAUAAGAAGGACGGCUGUGACUUUGCCAAGUGGCGUUGCGUGCUGAAGAUCGGCAAGAACACCCCCAGCUACCAGUCCAUCCUGGAGAACGCCAACGUGCUGGCCCGCUACGCUUCGAUCUGCCAGUCGCAGCGCAUCGUGCCGAUCGUUGAGCCUGAGAUCCUCCCCGAUGGUGACCACGAUCUGGAACGUUGCCAGAAGGUCACCGAGACGGUGCUGGCUGCCGUGUACAAAGCCCUGAGCGACCAUCACGUCUUCCUGGAGGGAACUCUGCUGAAGCCGAACAUGGUCACCGCCGGACAGAGCUGCGCCAAGAAGCCGUCCUCCCAGGAGAUUGCCAUGGCCACCGUGCGGGCCCUGCGCCGCACCGUGCCAGCCGCCGUGACCGGAGUUACCUUCCUGUCCGGUGGACAGUCCGAGGAGGAAGCCUCCGUCAAUCUGAACGCCAUCAACCAGGUGCCACUGGUGAGACCGUGGGCCCUGACCUUCUCGUACGGUCGUGCCCUGCAGGCCUCGGUACUGCGUGCCUGGGGAGGCAAGAAGGAGAACGUCAAGGCCGCUCAGGAUGAGCUCAUCAAGCGUGCCAAGGCCAACGGUGAUUCUUCCCUGGGCAAGUACGGUGGUGGCGUUGUUGGUGCCGCUGGAGCUGGCAGCUUAUUCGUUGCCAACCACGCUUAUUAAGUCGGCCGAGUCCAGCUCGUCCGAAUCCCUCGUCAACCGGAGUGUCAUCGAGCACACAGCUACACAACACCGCUAUACGUCGGCUGUUGAUAUUGUUGUUUGCAAGCAACGCCGUAUAGCCUGUAACCUGUAACCUCAGCAUAUUUGUAAGUGAACAAAAUCACCCAAACACAAUAAAUAAAAGAUCUAAUAUUCGUUAGAGCCUUUGUUGCACUCACUUCGCGUACGAAGGCUAGAGGAUGUGCUGUAUAAGACAGAGAUGUAGAACCAUAAAGAUUACUAUAAAACAAAAUCUCAAUCUGUAAGAUGCUUGUAGUUGAAAUUGAGGAUAAAUCAGCAAGACAGGACAAAGAUUAAAUUACACAAAUAUUAUCAUUAGAAAACACGUCAAACCAGCAAUUGUUAUAUUAUGGAUAGUGAACAAGAAUAGGGCAAUGUUUCAUCACUGAAACGUUUUGCUAGUAAGAUCGCAUGGGUUGUAAACAACACAAUGUCCCCGAGAAUAGACGUAAGGAGAAGUUUAUUUCGUUUGCUGCAAUAGUCCCGGGAAAAAGUUCUGCUCAUUUGAAGAUGCAUGUCAAAACCAUCACACAAAUAUCAGACCAAGCAAGGAAAGGAAAUACCCCAAUCAAGUCAAGGAGUAGAUUAUUAGGUUUUAAUUCUUUCGUUUGUAACGUUAGUUUAUUGUAUUUUAAACAUCGCAAGGUUAUAACAGAGUGAACAGCAGUCGGUUUAUCUAGUGAGGAUAUAAAAUAAAAGUAAUGUUUAAACCAAA